AUGGAAGUGCAAACAACUUCUAUGGUGUGGAUGUACGUGAAUGGUACAGAACAACUGAACACUUCGUAUGACUACAACACCACAGAUUCAAUUGAAAACCCCGACCAAUACCAAUAUUACAUCAUUGGCCUUUUCCUGUCAUGCCUUUACACCAUCCUCCUCUUUCCUAUUGGAUUUAUUGGUAAUGUGCUAAUCCUUGUGGUGAACCUAAACCACCGGGAGAAGAUGACCAUCCCCGACCUUUACUUCGUUAACCUGGCUGUAGCUGAUCUCAUCUUGGUGGCAGAUUCCCUCAUCGAAGUCUUCAAUCUGAAUGAGAAAUAUUAUGACUACGCCGUCCUUUGCACCUUUAUGUCACUUUUCCUGCAGGUCAACAUGUACAGCAGCAUCUUCUUCCUGACGUGGAUGAGCUUCGACCGCUAUGUGGCCCUGGCGAGCUCGGUGAACAGCAGUCCCCUGAGGACCAUGCAGCACGCCAAGCUCAGCUGUGGCCUCAUCUGGAUGGCCUCCAUCCUAGCUACCCUCCUCCCCUUCACCAUAGUGCAGACGCAGCACAGGGGUGAGGUGCAUUUCUGCUUUGCCAACGUCUUUGAGAUUCAGUGGCUGGAGGUAACCAUAGGCUUCCUGGUGCCCUUCUCCAUCAUUGGCCUUUGCUACUCCCUCAUUGUGCGCAUCCUCAUGAGGGCACAGAAGCACCGUGGCUUGUGGCCACGGAGGCAGAAGGCCCUGCGCAUGAUAGUGGUGGUGGUUCUGGUGUUCUUCAUCUGCUGGCUGCCAGAGAACGUCUUCAUCAGCAUCCAGCUGCUCCAGGGCACAGCAGACCCAGCCCAGCGAACUGCUACCACCCUGUGGCAUGACUACCCACUCACAGGCCACAUUGUCAACCUGGCAGCUUUUUCCAACAGCUGCCUCAACCCAAUUAUCUACAGCUUCUUAGGGGAGACCUUCAGGGACAAGCUCCGUCUCUUUGUUAAGCGGAAGGCCAGCUGGUCCGUGCUAAACCGCUUCUGCCACCACGCCCUUGACCUGCACAUCCCUGUCAGAAGCGACGUUUCAGAGGUGUGA